CACGCCUUCAGAUGCGACCUGAAGCGGCGCAGACUAAAGACGCACGUCUACGCGCUCCGCGGAUCUCGGGGAAAACCGACAUUAAAACACACGACAACCCGCAGCUCUCGUCUCUCUCCCUGGAGUGUGCCCCUUCACCUGUCAGUCAACCCGUGGAGUCGUCGUCGACAGAGGAGCCCCCCCGCCUCAGACCGCCCAAUGACGUCCGAGCGCCGCCCGCUGGCCCCCAGCGACCUGCAGUCCCAAGCCCCUCAGCGACCAGAGCGCUACCUCCAGGUCGGAGACCCCCUGCCGGACCUGCUGCCCGCCUCCAGCGGACACCGCGGCGGCGGCGGUCCCCCGGACCCCAAGCCCCCGUCCCGGGACGGCGGCGACACCGGGGGGAGCCGGCCCCCGUCGACCGGGUCGGAGGAGGAGGAGGAGGGGGAGGGGGAGCGGGCCAAGGACACGCCGGACAUCCUGGAGGUCGCGGUGCCCCCGCAUUCCCCCCGUUCCCGGGGGCAACGGCCGCGCCCCGACGACCACGGCGAGUGUGUGAAGGCGGAGAAGGAGUGUGUGAAGGCGGAGAAGGAGUGUGUGUUGGUGGAGGAGCGCCGGGAGCGCCAGGAAAGGCCCGCCUCCCCGGCCCCCUGCCCGGAGGAGCGGAGGCCCCUGAGCCCCCACCACCUCCCCGAGACCCCCGACAGCUCGGACCGCUCCGCCCCGUCCUCGGACGCCGAGAAGGAGAAGGAGGAGGAGGUAGAGGAAGAGGGGCAAGGCUCGCCUCAGACCAACCAGGCCGUUUCCGUCAGCCCCCUCGGUGGUCGCCACGGUGACGACGACGACGACGACGACGACGACGAAGACAGCCUGGGCAGCACGCCAGAGACCACCCUGACCGAGGUGUCGUCCGCGUCCACCUCGGUGGCGUCCUCGCUCCCCGUCGCCACGCAGACCACGUGCCUCAGCUACGCAGACCCCUCGCCGCUGUCCCGCCGCCACGGGUCCCGGGACCACCCGACCCCGCCCCAGCCCAGCUUCGGCUGGGGCUCCGCCGACGGGAUCGGCUCUCUGGACGGGGACGAGGGGGGGCCCGACGAGAUGGACGGACGGCUGGUCGGCACCGAAGGCCGCGUGGAGACCGCCGCCGCCGUCGGUUCGGCCGCCGAUGACAAAGAGGAAGCCGCCGAACGGGCGCCGGAAAGCGGACGGGAGGUUCCCGAAACGGCCGGCGUUCCGGAUCCGACGCCGCCGGCCCCGUGCGGGAACUCCGAAUCCAUAUCGCCGUGGGAGGAAGACGGCGGGAAGGAAGAGGCGUGGCCCGAGGAGCGUGAGGCCCUCGACGGUCACGUGAGAGACGGAAGCCCCGCCGCACCCCUCGAUACGACGGGGUGCUCCACCGUCCCGCCCCCUCUAUCCCCCGCCCCCCAGACGGCGUUGGGACUGGUCGACGCCGGUCUGGGCUUGAAGACGGACGUUGAGCCGUCCGAGGGCGGAGCCAGAGGUCAGCUGACCCCCACGGGGGCGGAGCAUCAGGAGCCGUGCCUGAAGGAGCAGGAGAGGACGGAGGUGGAGCCGGCGGCACCUGCCGCCGCCGCCGCCGCCGCCGGGGGUCCGGUGAGUGUCCCAGACCCCGGACCCGGACCCGGGGUGGCGGAGGAGGUGCUCCCUCAGGGGCCCCAGACCCCCGAGGGCCCCCCCGAGGCGGAGAGCGGCCCCGUGACCCUCAUGACGGCCGAUGCGUUCGUCUUCACGCCGCGCCGCAGCGCCCCGUCGGAGAGCAGCGGCGGGGGGGAGGGGCCCGCGGGCCAGUACGGCCAGGAGGCGGAGCCUGUGUUCUCCGAGACCCCCCCCGACUUGGGCUUCCUGGACAUGGCGGCAGAGCACCGCUUCUGCGUCGCCCAGGGCAACGGCGCCGGCGACGGCGGCCUGUGCGUCGGCUACAACGGCGAUGCCUUCCGUCGCCACGACGACGGAAACGCCUUCCGUCGCCACGACGACGCCUUCCCGGCCCCGGAGGACGGGGGCCUCCUGCCGCAGGUGGACCCGACGCAGGUCGACGCCUACGCCUCCACGCCGUCCUACGAGAUCCACUUCCUGCCGGCGGCGGCGGCGGGGCGGGGUUUCCCUGGUAACGGCGAGGACGCGGAGGGGGAGGGGGGCAUGAGGGAGAUGGUGUCGGUGCUGCUGGCCGAGGACGCCGACCCCUCCUCCCCCUCUUCCCCCCUGAACGCCGGGAGGCCCCGCCUCUACCCGGACCCCUGGCUGAAGCUGGGCGGCGGGGGCGGGGGCGGGUGGGCCUCGGGCGUGGCCGACGGGGACUCCCCCUGCGGGCUGGGCGGGGCCGGCGGCGAGCCGGAGCUCGUCCCCGUGGCGGUGACGGAGCUGCAGCCCUCCAUGGCCAUGCUGGGGGCGUACCCCUACAGCACCCUGAUGCCCCAGGGGUCCUGCCUCUGGGACUGGCACACGCAGUACCCCCCGCCCGAGCUCGCCGCCGGACUGAACCCCAACGCAGAGGUGUGGACGGACCAGACCUUCGGCCUGGCCGACCCCGACCCCGGCUUCCCCCAGGACCAGAUGUCCUGGCUGGACCACGCCGACGGCUUGCUCCGCCCUGAGGAGUACGAGGCGGCUUACAGCAUGGAGGACCUGGGCCUGGCGGAGGCGGACCCCAGCAUCCUGGAGUACCAGGCCCUCCCCACGGGGCCCCUCGCCACGGUGACCCUCCCCACGGGGCCCCCCCCGGUCAACGGGGAGCCCGACAGCGCCCCGGCCUCCGACGACGUCAAGCAGCAGCUGAGGUGCCUGCUGGAGUCCUGUCUGACCCGGGAGUACCUGGCCAACGACCUGUACCUGGUGUCCCAGAUGGACAGCGACCAGUACCUGCCCAUCAGCACGCUGGCCAGCCUGGACCUCAUCAAGACCGUCACCACCGACCAGAGCCUCAUCGAGGAGACCCUGAAAUCCCUGCCCCAGGUGCAGUUGGCCCCCUGUGGUCAGAAGGUCCGCCCCAGCCAGUGUCGCUGCGUGGUCAUCCUGCGCGAGAUCCCCGACACCACCUCCCCCGAGGAGGUGGAGGCCCUGUUCGCUGGGGCCGACCAGCCCAAGUUCCUGAGCUGUGAGUUUGUGAGGAACGACAACUGGUUCAUCACCUUCCAGACGGAGGCCGAGGCCCAGCAGGCGUACAAGUACCUGCGCGAGGAGGUCAAGGUGUUCAAGGGGAAGCCCAUCAUGGCCAGGAUCAAGGCCAAGACCAUGGCGGUCACGUCCUACGCGCCCAAGAACGGCUACCGGCCCGCCGACGCCGCCUCGGCCAAUCAGCAGGCCUUCGCCGGCUUCUACAGCCCGCAGCCCGCCUCCGCCCCGGGACAGCUGCCCGUCACGCAGCUCUACGACCUGACCAAUCAGGCGUGGGCCACGGCCAUGACGGGCUACCAGGACGCCAGCCUGAUGGCGCCACUGAUCAACAACUUCCUCGACGGCUUCCCGGUCUCUCCCAACUUCAAACACCACAACCCAUACAGACAGAGGGGUGGCCGGAGGCGGGGCUCCGACGAGCGGGGGCCCGGCCAGCCGACAGACUCCGCCUACUCGGAGAGGGGGCCAAUGGGACGAGGCGCCCGCAGACAGGGAAGGGGCGGGGCCCGCCGCGGGCGCAGCGAGGGCGGCCGGCCCGACGACCCCCCCAACGGAGACCGCGGACGGAGAGGGAACUACGGCCAGAGCCGCAGGGAGGAACGCCGCGCGGGGUACGGCAGGAAGGGCGCGGUGUCCUCGCCCGUCCCUCGACGCCCCUCCCCCAGCCUGGAGCUGGGGCCCACCAGCUUCCCCCCGCUGCCCUCCUCCUCCAACGCCGCCGCCACCGCCACCGCCACCGCCACCGCCUCGCCUGUCGCCGCCGGCAACAGCAAGGGUCCCUCAGUGAGGAACGACAGUCCCGGGGUAACCACGGCAACAACAACAGCAGAGGAGGCGGAUCCCCCGCCCACCUCGGACCCGACCCCGGAGGCGGCCCCCGCCCCGCCCAGCGUCUGGCAGGCCCCCCCCCACACGGAGGUGAAGGUUGAGGCUGUCAGGACGUCCCAACAGGCCGUGCCGUUGCUCUCCCGGUCUAAAUCGACGACUCCUCCCCAGGACAACGAAGCAAACACGGAGCCGAAGAGGCUCAGCUACGCCCAGAUCUGCCAGAGGGCGCGGGCCAAUCAGUCGCUGCCGCCCUCGGAACCCGCCUCCUCGGGGGAGGAGAGCCCGACCACGCCCUCGCCGCCCCCCGCCCCCGCCCCCGCCCCGGCGUAUCCCGCCCUGGGGUCCGAGGCGGCGCUGUUGUCACGGUGACCAGGGAGGACGAUGUGGUAGAGGACGCCACACCACCACCGGCCACGCCCGACCCCGAAGGCACCCCUCUGGUCCACCGCUGCCCGGCUCGGGGGGGGGGGGGGUUGGGCUUCAGCUCAGGUUAGGGUUUGGGGGUGGGGUUAAGGAAGGGGAGGGGCAGGGGUACUGGCUUAGAAGGGGGUCAAAGGUUAACGACUCCCCAUGUGUCUUUUCUGAUUGGUUGAAGAAUUAAAACGUGUGGGGAGGGCGGGGGAUUCGACCUUCAGCAUUUUUGGGUUAUUUUUAUUUCCAGGUUUGUUGUUUUAGAGUGAUUCUUUAGGAGCCAGGUGGUUUUUCUGUUUCUGCCUCUGUUGCGAGAUGCCCUGGCGUUUUCCCGAGUGCAUAUUGAGUUUCCUUCCGUGUCGGGCGGUUAGUCGACGCCAAGUUGAGUCCGAAGAUAAUAAUAAUAUUUCUUUUUUUUAUUAUAUAUAUAUUUCCGUUCCUCCGAAAAGUGUUUUCAGUCCUCGUGGUCAUGUCAAUCACUGGCGUUGCCUAGCGACUCGAGCCUAGGGCCCCCCGGUUUCCCGGCUGUUUCCGUCGGCCGCCUCCAGGCGUGUUGGACCCCGGAGCGGCGACACACCUGCCCAGGUGUGCGGGCCUCGCCCCCCCCCCCUUCCCCCCCAGUGAGCUCCAGCGCCUUUGCAUCGACCCGGGCGUUUCUUUCGUAGCUAACUUGUUUUUCGUUUUUUUUCUCAUUUAGUUUUAACGUUCGUAAAUAUGUUGACGCCCGUGUGUUAAAGCAAGCCUCGUUUGUGUGUGUGUGUGUGUGUGUGUGUGACGGCUUUGGUACCCAUUUUGUUUUCGAGGUGCAGAGACGCACGUGCCUGCCUGUGACCUUCACAGGGAGAGGAGUUCCACCGUGACCUUCACAGGGAGAGGAGGUCCACCGUGACUUUUAACUGAACUUUGAAGAAACCCCGAGUGUUCACCGGUCGUUAGGGGAAGACUAGCUCUGCCUCGCUGUGGAAUAAGGGGCGGAGUCACAGUGGGGUUGUGUGUGUGUGUUCCUUUAAGGGGCGGGGUUAUGGACAGGUGGGUGUGUUCUUGGGGGAGGGGCUGCUCAAAGUUAUUGAAUGUACACGAGUACUUGAAGUUUGAAGGAUUUCCCUUUCAAUUUUUUUUCAAGUUUGUUUUCAUUGUUAUUAUUGUUUUUGUUUAAAAGCAAGAAUGUUCAGUUUUUAAAUGUGAAGAUGGCACUUCAAAAAAGAGCAGGCAUGGUUAAGGUUAAACCUUUUUUGUUGUACAAAUGUAAAUUAUUUGAAGAAAAAAAUAAAUGUGCCUUUUGAAGUUUAUGUUUGGCUUAUCUUUUCUUUUAUAAUAAUGUAUUUUUGGUACAUUAAAGUAUUUUAAUCCACACAGAAAA